GAGGCAGGAACACGGCGGGCGCUAGGACCGAGGGUGCGCCCUGCGGGAGCGCUGGGGCUGCGACCAGUUCAGUGAGAAGCGGCGGACGGAGCGGAAAGUUUCCCGGCGGAGGCGCAGCGCUGACACGGCCCGGGACAUGACUCAGUGAACCUAUUGAUGUUGGCGGGACAGAGGUGCAGAGCAAUGGAAAAUGUGCAUGAGCUCCAGAGACCCUUGUUGGGUGAGCAAGCAAAAGGCAAACCCUUCGGUCAUGCCCUGCUCAGCCGAUCCCAGGGGGAACCUACGUCUCCCCCAGGUGGAACCACAGAUGUGACCUGGAACCACCUGACUCCGAGCAAGUCCCCACCCAGAAUGGAUGCCUGGCUGGUCCAGCAGCUCCUGGAUGCCUGCUCACUGAAGGAUGCCGUGGAGACUCUGGGCAGGCCGAGCCUUGCACUCCGAGUGGAGUCCGGGGUCCUGUUGAACCUUAAGGGUUGCAGUGAGACCACCUUCACCGAGGGCAGGAGUGCGGAAGAGCAGACUGGAAACCAUACCCAGCCCAUGGACCUGGAACCUGAAGCAAAUCUGGACAAGGUUCCAACCGUCUCGAUCGAUGUGGAGGAUGUCCCAUUUCUGGAGAUGCAGAAUAACCACUACAUCGAUGACGACAGUGAUACUGAUAGUGACAGAAUGUUCUCCCUCAGCAUCCCUCAGGAUCACCUGGGUCUCGUCAUCUUCUCCAUGCUCUGUUGCUUCUGGCCGGUGGGAAUUGCUGCGUUUUGCUUGUCGCAGAAGGGCAGAAUCGCUGAUCACCCCUUGAGAAGCUGAUCAGCAAAGCCAUGGACAAAGGGGAUUAUCAUGAAGCCAGAUCUGCCUCCAAGCAAGCUUUGUGUAUGGCUAUCUGUUCCAUUGCCCUUGGGGUCUGUACAUACAUUGGAAGCGUGGUGGUUCUUGCCAUCUACAUGUCAAGGAAUGGCCAUGCGUAGUGGCAAUCUCCACAGGGACUGAAGAGAGAUCGUCACCUGACACAUCUAUAAUUGCAGACCAAGUUAGGGGAUGUCCCAGCACAAAACUGUCAACCACCCUGAUUGAAGCUGACCAGUACUUCUGCCCAAGGGCGUCUGAUCCAUGGAGAAAUCUGGGCAUGAACUCCAGUGGCUGCACACUGUAUCACAAUCACCUCACUGUAUGAGCAAUUGAUUCGUCUACCAUUAACAGGCAGCUCCAUCUUGACUAUAUGGGGCAGGAUGAAGAGUCUUGGUAACGAGAGGGGAGGGAUGGAAAAGGUGAAAAGGGAGAGAGAACCUGCAUGGACUGGUGGGAGUGGGAGGGGAACAUGGGGUGUGGAUCACCCCUCUGCCCCCGGUUCCAUCCGCCUGUCACCCAUCCACCUGGGUUUCUUCCUUCUCCCUUGGUUGACCUUUCCUAUCCCUCUCCCACCUGGUUCCAUCUGCUCAUCAUCCUUCCCUUAUCUGUUUCCACCAGUCACCUCCAAGCCUGUCUCAACAUUCACCUCUCCUCCCUCCCCACCUGGCUCUAUCUAUCCAUAUCCCUCCUACUCCUCCUCAUCUUGUUCCAACUAUCACCUACCAGCCUCAGCCCUCCAUCUCACUUCCAUAUCCUGGCCAUCUUCCCUCUACAGUCUUCGUCCUGAUGCAGGGUCUCGACCCAAAACAUCGACCAUCCCUUUGCCUCCACUGAUGUUGCUUGACCCGCUGAGUUCCUCUGGCAGUGUGUUUUUGCUCCAAUAUUCCAACAGCUGCAGUGUCUUUUCUCCCAAAAACUGCAAGGAAUGUUUGGCCAAAUUUAAAGAGAAAUUGGAUAACGACUUAGAAACUUGUCAUAUGCGUUCAUUAUUCUACAUACAUACACCCUCAAUGGCAAGGGCAACAUUCAUUGCCCAUCCCUAGAGCCACAUCAAAGUAGAGUUCUAGAACUGCUGCAGUCCUGAGGAUCCAACCUAAGUAAUUUGUUUGGGACAGAGCAUGGGGAACUUUCCAAUUUAUGCUUCAAACAACUCAACAUUGAUUGUGGAUGUAAAUACCAUCUUCACUGCUGCAGUCAUGUAGCAUAAGGAGGCAACAGAGCAGGAAAAAAGGAAAAUUGAUUCCAAAAGACACUAAUGCAAUUGCAAUGCCGAAGCAAAACGAUACAAAUUCUUUAUGACAGUGGAUCUACAUCCCAAUGGUAGUCAUCCAUCCAUAGAACUUGGAGGCCAAUGGGAGCCAGCCACAGUAGAAAGGCAGUCACCAAUCCCUCUCUGCUGGAGAAACUGUAUCCCUCUGGAAGCAAACACCUAUGGACCAGUUGGUGUUACCAUGGAAGGAAAGAAUAUUUUUUCUUACAUGACUAGAAUUUGUCAAUGACACAGGUGGCAGGAGUGACUGAGCUACAAAACAAGGCAGUGAUAGCUCUGGCACUCAUGCUCUAAG